UUCUUGAUAUAGCGAUUCCACGAGUGGUUAGUGCGGUUUCUUGGAUGAUUCUUUUAUGAUGCUCUGUGUUUGCUCGUUGGUGUAAGAAGAUCCAAAAUGUCAGGGGGCACGCCGGUGGCUGGUGGCUACGUGAGGCAGAGACACAACCAAGGGAAACUCCUCGACUGGCGAGACCUCGAGGACGAUGCAUCUUCAAGGCCACCAACAUAUUCGAUACCAGCCCUUCGGAGGGCUCGGACACGGAAAGAAGUCGUUGAGACGGUAAUCUGGCUCAUUGCGGUGUGCAUCAUCUACUAUGGCGAUCGGCGCUCAAAUCUGAUCUCUCUCUUGUGCUGGGAUGGAAGGAUCAAGAGGACAGCUCUGUACCUCAGUCUUGUGGGUGUUGCCUUGGAUUUAGGCCUUAAUUUAUAUUCCACAUUUUUCUUGUGCGGUCCACAGAAGCUUUAUGAAAAAAAUGAAGCCUUGCUUUCUAUAGCACCAUGUAUCAUCAUGCUUGGAUUCCUCUUGUUCUGCUUGUUAUCAUUUGCUUUAUGGCCUAUUUGGUGUUUCUUGUCCAUUCCUCUUUUGUUUACACUAUUCAUGGCUGUCAUGGUUAUAUCACCAUACUUGCUAAUUGGACCACUUAGAUUAUCUGAAUUUGCAGCCCGUGCUGACUGAUCUUUCAAAAUUGAUUAUCUGAGAACUGAAGAAAAACUGAUUUUAGAAGGGUGAAUUUCAAAUGUAUGUUGUGGCACUCUAACCAUCAUGGGAAGAUUUACCAAGCCAUGGAUACUUCAGGAACUAAGAUUCAUGAGGAUGGCUGCAAUGCCAUGCUUUGGUGGUGAGUUCAGAGUUAAUAAGGCUGGCAUCCAUACUGUGAUCUGUUUGAUAUAAUUGUCAACAACUACUUCCAGAUCACGCUUUUGAUAAAAUUUCUAGGUUCUGUUCAGCUCCUCAAGCGUUUGAUAAUACUUGGAGUUUAAACAACAUUUUGCAUCAGUUUAGUUUAUGGAAAGACACUAUGGAGUAAAAUUAUCCAUAUAAUACACCCAUCUAUUUUCCAUUAUUUGAUACAGAUUAAGUUUUAAAUUCUGAUGAAUAAGUCUUCGUUUUCUUCUUUUUUCAGGCCACCUUGGGUCAAUUAGUAGCCUUGGAACUUGUUAUUUACUUAAAUUCUAUCUAUAGAGAACCCCAUUCUUCUUAAGGAUGUUUCAUUGCUUGAAGAUACACAUAAUGAUCGCUCUUUUCUAUUUUUACCUAAAGUCAUUCUGAUUUUAAAAUCAUCUGUUCUGUAUACAAAUAGGGUCACUUUGCAACCAUUUGUUGAAUAUGUAUGGUACUUUUCUCUCUCUAUCAGACUAUGUGAAUAAUGUUUCUAACUGUGAAGGAUAUAUAUCUAAUUCUAAUUGGAAUGCACACUUCUAAUUGAAUUGUAGGGAAUCCAUUAUAAGUUGACCUCGGUGUACAUGCAUUCUGCCUAUAUUAUGGAUCUUGAUUAGGUGGUGGCCUAGCAGAGUCUGUUUUUUGUAAUAACCAUCAAGAUAUCAAAAGUAGGGCAUGCCUUAUAGUAUUUUAAAGGUACCAUAAGGUGGCAACAGCCAAAUAAUACAGUACACAUAGAUAGUUGUGAUCUCAUAACUGCCAAAUGUUUGAUUCACCCUCCUCCUCUAGAACCCUCUUUUUUCCAUCGUUGAACUACUAUGUCUUCAUCAACGUGGACAUGGCGUAGGUGCUAUCUGACCAAGCUGGUUAAUUGUUUGGUGGUUAUCCCAAGGGACCUGGUUUCAAAUCCCACCUUCACCAGCUUUUGGGGGGUGAGGGAUGCUUUGGGAAGGGCAACACUCCAUUGUGUAGCCCAUUGCCUACAUGCCUCUUCUACCAAAAAAAGAAUAAGUAAAUAAAGUGGACAUUGUGGAAAACGAUGAUUUUGAUAUACAUGCAUGAAUUGCAUUUUUCAAUAUAUAUGAUGCAUAAUGUUUAACUAAUGGCUAGAUAACAGGAUAAAAUAGUUAAAUUUUGAUUAAAUGUUAGCAAAGUCAGCAUCUGUGAUAAUUUUCAUCAAGUUGGAAAACCUAUAAUAUAUGGGAAGUAUUACAGUAUUCUAUUCUACUAAAUGUUUCAUAGUACAGUAACUAGAGGGAGCUGAAAUUUUAUACCAUUAACUGGACUUACACCUCGCCUCCAUUGCUGCAGCACUCUGCAGUCUUCACUUGAAUUAGCCUUUAUAGAAAUAGAUUAUACCCUAUAGGUGCCCAGUAUCACAUUUUCUUAUGUAUUCUUUAAUUGUGUAGUGUGUGCAAUGACUACUGGUCCUUACAACAGAGACAUCAGGCCUGAGGCAGGACAUCUAGAAACAUUCAGUCACUAAAGAAUUAGAAACUUAGGGAAGGAGUAGCAUUUCACCUCUUUCCAGCCAAGGAGAAUCGAUUAGAUGAUAGAUGCAAUCAAGGAGAUCCUAAAUCCAUAAAGGCUAUAUCUAUUUUAGAACAUGGAUGUGGAUCGAGCUACCCAUUUUCAAUACUUUUUAAUGUAAACUAUUUUUAAUAUUCGAUAGUAUGAACAUCAUAUCACUUGUAAUUCUUCUGAUUGGGUCGGUGAUUGAAGUUAAGUUCGUUUCCUGUUAAUGCUGCAAAGUGCAAGCAGUAACUUUCCAGUCCAACUGUCAGUAUCAUCAUAAAAGCUAGAUGCUCCAGUUUCCGUCUUACUGUUUUAAAGCCUAUUUUGCUCAGCCUAUGAUAUGCGAGGGAAAAUUGAACAUUUCUUCAUUUGAUUUGCUUCGCCUGCAUUUAUACAUGGAUUCUAGCUAGUUAAAAAAAAAAAUAUGUUUCUAUCUACUUAAUGAUGAGCUGUGCUAUGCCUCUAGGGGUUAUUGAUAGUAUUCAGAAACUUUUUAAAUCCUUUUCUGGGCUCAUGAUAUUGGUAAAAAAGUAUCCAUUUAGUUUUGUGGGAUGCUGUUUGUAAACCUAAAAUGGCUGGAGGUCUGAGUUUAUAUGACCUCAGGUAUGGAUGCACUGCUCUCAUCACCUGGUUAGCUGCUAAUUUGAUGCUCAAUCCUUACUCCUUGUGGGCCUCUGUGAUGGCUGAGAAGUAUGGAUUUCCGGGGACUUGGGAUGGUUAUAGGUGUACCAGAAGGUCAUCCCGAAUUUGGAAAGAGAUUAUUCUACAUUCGGUUGACAUUAAAUUUGCAUUUCAAUGGUCAGUAGGAAACUGCUCGAGGAUUGAUAUUAUUAAUGAUGCAUGGAUUACUGACAUUCCUUUAGUCAGAAGUGAAACCUUUGUCAAUUCUGAUGUGAGUAUGGACGGUCAUUGUGUUUCUUCUUUGAUUGAACAAGGGGAGUGGAAUUGGUGCUCUUGAAUCAUUUUUUCGGUCCUGAUUUUGUAACUGCCAUCACUUCUAUUCCUUUGCCAGAGGCUACUGUUAAUGAUGUGCAAACUUGGUAUAAAUCUGGUUUUUCGGUGGUUAAAGCAAGGGAUUUUUAUCAUGAGCUAUUUCAUAAUGGUGGAGAGUUGGACGAUAAUUCUACUACUAUCUUCGCUGCAAUUUGAAAUUUUCAGCUACUACUCGUGUUCUUUUUUGGUGGAAGGUGGCUUGGAGGCGGUUGACUUGGCAAACUCUGCUUAUGUCCAGAGGAUUAUUAGAUCCUUUGGAGGGAGGUUGUGAUUUGUGUCAUGAUUCGGAGGAUGUUGAUCAUAUUUCACCUAGCUGUUCAAUGGUUAAGGAGACUUUGUGUCAUAUUUCAGCAAGACUUCAAUUUACUUUUCCAUGUGAUACUGUUGAUUUACUUCUCUCUUCUUUUCAAAGGAGGAUAGAUCCAUUGCUGCUCUCUAUUCUGGCAUAUGCUGGCUGGAUCUUGUGGAAAGCUCAGAAUAAUAGUCUUUCAACAACUUCAUACCACUCCGCAGACUAUGGCUGAUCAAGCUGUUAGAAUGGCAAAGGAGUUCCAUCAUGAGGCGUCAAAAGUUUCUGAACACAAUAUGAGGCACUGGGUCGUUUGCGACUAGAGAAGUCCCUCCUAACAAAUCCUAUCUUGGUUAGGUGGAUGCCCCCUCCCCUUGGAUGUGUCAAGGUUAAUUUUGAAGGGUCUUUGAACAAUCAUCUUAGUGGGGUGGGGUUUGUUAUUAGAGACCGUGAAGGGAGACUUCUUCUGGCUGGUGCUUGACUUUCUACCUAUGCUUCUGUCCAUUUCAUUGAAUUUCGAGGAGCAUGGGAACGUGUCUGGGCUGCAGUUAAUAUUUUGAAAUGCUCUAGAAUUCAGCUGGAGGGUGAUUCAUGACAGUCGUCAGUUGGAUUUCCAGUCGAGCUUCUAGUUGGAUUGCCAACCCUUUGCUUAGUGACAUCCAUUGUCUGUUGUCCUCUGUGGAAUUUUUCUCUGUGCAACAUGUUUAUCCGGAGGCAAAUUUUGCAGCAGAUUGGUUGGCUUCCUUGCAUUCGAAUCUGUAGGCAGAUGUCCACGGACUCUCUCGGCUUAGAAGGGCUUCGUGAUCUUUGUUAUUUCUGUUAGUUUUCCUUUUAGUUUUUUCUGUUUUCUCUUGUCUGUCUGACAAGUCACCAAAAUUUUAGUUGAGGAUUUGCCCUUUGUGCAAAAUGAUUGCAGUAUGGCAACUUUAAGCAUGCCACCCAAAAUGUAUUUACUAUUUAUAUUGAAAUGGCAUCAUGUUUGUGUUGA